CCGGGCUUGAUCGCCAACUUUCCGCAAGACCAGUUUUGUCCUCAGCCCUUCUUUGCUGUAAUAGAUAUUCUAGUCCCCUAAUAUCUCCCUCUUACCCUACGUGAACUGGUAGAGGGUCGGGAAAUCCCAAACACAGCAUGUACCUUGGGUGUAAACUGAAGAGCUAAUGGAAUGUCUACAACAACCACCUCUCCCUCCUCCGGCCACAUGCCCUCCAACGGAGCGGCGGAUCUCGAUCCCCUCGACGCAGCGGACUACGAUCCAAUUGACCACCUAAAUGCUAUCUUCUCCCAUCCCUCCACGCUGUCCUCCGUCUCCCACGUUUCUCAGUCCCUCCUAGACUACGAAGAUGAGCUGGACGACGAGAUCGGCGCGCUGGUGGAGGAACAAGUCACAUCGAAUGCGGAAAGUGUCGAGCGCAUACAGGCUGCCCAGGCAGAUUUGACGGAAUUAUUCAAGAAGAUUGAUGAUGUGCGCGACCGCGCGUCCAAGACGGAGCUGGCCAUCACCGAGAUGACGGCGGACAUCAAGCAGCUGGACAAUGCAAAGAAGAACCUCACGCAAUCCAUGACAGCCCUGAAGAGGCUACAGAUGCUGACGACGGCAUACGAUCAGCUCCGUGUCCUCGGUAAGACACGGCAGUACCGGGACUGUGCCCAAUUACUGCAGGCGGUUAUUCAGCUGAUGGCGCACUUUAAGUCGUACCGAUCCAUUGAUCAGAUCGCUCUUCUCAGCAGAAAUGUAGCAGAUAUACAACGAGAGCUGUUGGAACAGGUCUGUGAAGACUUCGAGUUGGCGUUUGCUAAGGGCGAAGUGGGACAAAAGAGGGUCGUACUUUCGGAGGGCUGUCUCGUAAUGGACGCCUUGGGGGAGCAUGCCAAGUCCAGGCUGGUGACCUGGUAUUGCAAUUUCCAGCUACGGGAGUAUCGACAGGUUUUCAGGAACAACGAGGAGGCGGGGUCCUUAGAUAACAUCUCGCGGAGGUAUUCAUGGUUCCGUCGUAUACUGAAGAUAUACGAUGAGGAAUACGCUGCAAUAUGGCCGACGUCUUGGAGGGUUGAUGAGAUAUUGGCAAACAUAUUUUGUGAAGGAACUCGAGAAGAUUUCAAGGGCAUUCUUUCCCGGUCAGUGCGAAAUGGGCAGACGAUCGAUGUCAACCUAUUACUUUCAUGCCUGCAGGAGACUCUUGAUUUUGAGCAUACUUUGGAGCGGCGGUUUGUCAAUCCAUCCCGCCCGUCCACCGACACGUUCACCUCGGCUGAAGCGCCAGUCUUUGGCCAGGCCAUUUCAGAGGCCUUUGAGCCUUAUCUAAGCGUAUGGGUUGAAGCUCAAGAUAAGCAGUUGGCUACCCUUAUACCGAAAUAUCGGCAGCAACCUAUCAGGCCACCAGAUGAGGAGUUCGAUUCUAAUAUUGUUAUAGCGUCCUCUACGGAGCUCUUUACGUUCUACAGGCUCUCUCUACAACAAUGUGCGAAACUCUCGACCGGCGGGAGCCUUGCCGACUUGGCCAAAGUCUUCGCAAAGUAUCUCGAUCAGUAUGCCCAACAAGUCCUCUUAUACUAUAUCAGUGAGAGGCCCACCGGCACUACUCCAUCCAAGGUGCCAUCUCUGGAGGACCUCAUAUCGGUUCUCAACACUGCAGAUUACUGCUACACCACCUGCAAUCAACUUGAGGAAAAAAUCAAAGGCAGGCUCGACAAAAGCCUGAAACAGUCGGUUGACUUGCAAAGCCAGGCAGAUUCAUUUAUGGGCAUUGCGUCUGCUGCUGUUCGGUGUCUUGUGCGAAUGGUCGAGGUCGAGUUAGAGCCCUCGUGGCGAGAAAUGCGCAAUACACCUUGGAACCGGCUUGAGAGUGUUAGCGAUCAGAGCACGUACGUCAGUGAACUCAUGACCAAGCUGAACGCCAAGUCCUCCGAGAUCCUGCAGUUGCUGCAUAAACAACAGUACGCUCGAGCUUUCGCAGAUCACGUCGUAGAGCUGAUAUCAAACGUAUUUGUUUCGAAUAUCUUCCAAUGUAAGCCAGUCUCGGAGACCGGAGCGGAGCAAAUGCUCCUGGACGGAUAUACACUCAAAACCGGCCUCUCAUCUCUUCUACCAGCUCCCGCUCCAGCAAGCUUCGUUAAGCGUGUCAACAACAGCUUCAUGAAGAUCGAGACUCUCCUCAAGACCCUCCAAGUCCAACCAUCGCCUCCAGAGGCACUAGUGCAAGCAUACUUGAUCCACAUCAAGGACAGCAGCAACACGAAUUUCCGCAAGAUCCUCGAACUCAAAGGAAUCCGCAGUCGACAAGAGCAAAACCAGCUCGUGGAACUCUUCCAAAUCCACCGUGCAUCAGACCGUCACGCACCGAACCUUCAGCAAAGCAAUCCCAUCCUCACAGCCUUUCAAACCACCCCCGCCUCCUCUUCAAACCAAGGGCUAGGACUCGGAACCGCCGCAGCCUCAAUCGGCGCUUCCAACCUUCCCACUCGCUUCGACCCAUCCAUGUUGGGGUCUGCCAUUAUCUCAGCCGCCAAAGAUGGUGUCGACCGAUUCGGAACUCCUAUGUCCUCAACUGGAAAUCCCGGCGCCGGUGGAGCCCCAGGAUCGACAUCCACCACCCCCAUAUCACCUGGACCAUUCGCACAACUACAGAGCACCGCCGAGAACGCUACUGCAGGCAACCUGAACGAGAACCUGAAAAAUAUUGGCAAGUUCUUCCGUCGGGACCUGGGUGGGUUCGGUGGUCGGUUUGGGAGGAGUGGUGAUGACGGUAACUGAAGCACGGCUAAUUUCGCGUAUUCACUUCAUGUCAGAUAGUUUUGGCGUCUUCUUGCUUGCCGAGUAUACCACUUUACUUUUCUUUACUACCACAGAUACAUAUUUUGCGGUCAUAUUUGCAAUUGCAACAGACAGACGGGUGCAUUGUAUGUACGGAAUGUUUAGAUCAAUUGUUUCAUACCACAAAUGAUGCUAUAUAAGUGUCUGAAUAAGAAUCCAUAACCCCUGCACGAGCCUUACCUAGCAGUUUAUUUCAUCUGAGACAGUAAACAUCCAAAUCCAGAGACUGGACCCUCGUGCAGAAACACCGUGGUACUACGAAUCCAACUCGAGACAUACUACUACACAUCACAUGCAUAUGAAUGAUCUGUAAUCACAGUUAGCAAUCCAUGUUGCUGUAAGGUGUGUGAAAUGAACAAGAGAGAAGAGAGGCGAGUCAGCAAAAAAUUAGAGUGUUUGUUGUUGCUAGUUUUUGA